UAUGGAUUUGCAAAAGUUAUCUAAGUUUUUGAAAAAUGAAAAAUCAAUCGUGUAAUAUUUCAAUGAUACUUCCAUCGAAAUCAAAGAUGUUUGCAAAUUUAAUUUUGGAUAAAGUAAUCCCACUUAUUAACUCUCUUUUAAGUAUUUAUGAUCUAAUAUAAAAACAAGAAACUCAGACAAAAAGUUAGUUCUAAGAAAGAAACCUGAUGGAUAAUUACUUCCUGGAGUAAAAUAUUUAUUUAUUGAAUAGGCCCAUCAAAUAGAGAGAGAAUAUGAAAUUACUUUAAAGUUAUCUUAAGUUUCUUUUCCUGUUGCUAAACCACUUGUCUUUUGCAAGGAUAGUAGUAUAAUUGGAACUCCAUUCUAUGUUAUGGAAUUUGUAGAAGGCAGAAUAUUCAAGGAUAUCAAAUUAUAAGAAUUAAGUAAUUAAGAAAAAUAACAAAUCCUAAAUGAAUAGGCUAGAGUCCUGGCAUAAUUACACUCUAUAGAUAUACAUAAAUUAAAAUUAGAUCAUCUAGGAAAGCCUGAGAAUUAUUAUUAACGAUAGAUUGCUACAUGGAGUAGACAAUAUAAAUUGGCAGAAACAAAUAAUAUACAAAGUAUGGAAAAUCUUCUCUAUUGGUUACCAUUAAAUAUACCUUAAAAGAAUGAAAAUGACAUUAUAUGUUUAUGUCAUGGAGAUUAUGCUUUGAAUAAUAUCAUAUUCCAUCCUACUAAACCUUAAAUUUUGGCUGUAAUUGAUUGGGAAUUAGCUACAAUAGGUUAGUCAUUUGCAGAUAUUGCUUAUAUGACUCAAUUUUAUUUUACAAGCUAAUUCUAAAGUACAGCUCAUUAGGGAGGAGUUAAAGGAAUCUAUGAAUAUCUUGGAUUACCAAAAUAUUAAGAUUUAUUAAAUGUUUAUUUUAAAUCUAGGAAUAUUAAUCAAUCUAUUGAUCUUAGAUAUCAUACAGCAUUUUCAAUGUUUAGAUUAUCAUCAAUAGCAUAAGGAGUUUACAAAAGAGCUUUAUAAGGAAAUGCUUCUUAAAAAGAAUAAGGAUUGGAAUUAUUAAAAUUAUGUAAAUAACUAUCUUAUGAUGCUUGGGAAUUGAUAAAUUAAUUGACUGAUAAUGAUCCCUUCAAAUUGAAAGAUUUAAUCAAAAAUGAUAUUCCAAGAUGGGGAAGUUGGCCAGUAUCUGACAGAGCAAAACAUCUUUAUUAUAGAGUUAGAGACUUUUUAAAGAUAGAAUUCUUUCCUUAUGAAAAAUAAUUAAUUCAUGAAGCAGAAUCUAGACCACCUGAAACUAGAUGGAAACCAUUAUAAAAACUUCAUGAAAUUAAACUAAAAGCUAGAGAAUAGGGUCUUUGGAACUUAUUUUGUACUUACCCUGUUGUUGGAAAAGGUUUAACUAAUUUAGAAUAUAGUUUUAUUUGUGAAUUAAUGGGAAAGAGUGUUUUUGCUCCUGAAGUAUUUAAUUGUUCAGCACCUGAUACUGGUAAUAUGGAAUUGUUAAUUCUAUAUGCAAAUUAAGAAUAAAAAAUGAAAUAUUUAUUACCUUUAUUGCAAGGAGAAAUUCGAUCAUGUUUUGCUAUGACUGAACCAUAAGUUGCAUCAUCUGAUGCUACUAAUAUAUAAACAUCAAUUACUAAAACAGAAAAUGGAUAUAAAAUUAAUGGUAAAAAAUGGUAUAUAUCUGGUGCUGGAGAUGAAAGAUGUAAAUUUGCAAUUGUUAUGGGUAAAACAUCAUAAGAUACUUCAAAACCUCAUUAAUAAUAAUCAAUGAUUUUAGUUGAUUUACCUCAUCCAAAUGUAAAAAUAACUAGACCUAUGCAUGUUUUCUUUACAGAUGAGGCUCCUCAUGGUCAUAUGGAAAUGGUGUUUGAUAAUGUUGAAGUUCCUAAAUCAAAUCUUAUAUGGUAAGAAGGAAAAGGAUUUGAAAUGGCAUAAGGAAGAUUAGGUGGUGGAAGAUUACAUCAUUGUAUGAGACUUAUUGGAAUGACUGAAAGAGUAUUAGAUUUAAUGAUGCAGAGAGGAGAAAGGAGAAUUAUAUUUAAAUAAAAAAUGAAAGAUGUUGGUUCAUUCUAAUAAAAGUUAGGAGAAUUAUAAACACAAUUAUCAGCAUGUAGAUUAGUUGUAUUGAAUGCAGCUAUGCAAAUAGAUAUCUUAGGUAACAGAAGUAGAUAUAUAUUUAAAAUUUUGAGUGAAUGUAAAGCCUUUGUUCCUAAAGUCACAUAAAAUAUUAUUGAUGAAGUCAUUUAAAUAUUUGGAGCUGAAGGUGUUAGUCAAGAUUAAGUGUUAUCUUUAGCUUUUAUUUAAGCCAGAACUUUAAGAAUAGCAGAUGGACCUGAUGAAGUACAUUAUAGAUAAGUGGCCAGAUUAGCUUAUUCUUUAUAAUCAAAGAAUGAGUUAUUAUAAGCUGAUGGAUAUGGAUUACCAACCUUAUCUAAAUUAUGAC